AUGUCUGAUCCUAGUGAGCAAGGCGGCCGCCCAUUGGCCUCGACUAUUUCCCAUACCGAAGGCAACACUCAGUCAACAUUUCAUCAACCUCGACGACAGCGCAAAGACUCUGCAUCAUCAGAUGAACGUACCCAAGGCACCAAAUCCACUCCAUCUCGACGCCGUCCAGGAACCAGGAAAGAGGGUUCAUCUGGCCCCCACGUCGGCUCCUCCCGCGGUGCCCGUUCCACGAUGCAACGAUCCACCAGCCCAAGCCUAGUUUCGCCAGACAUGAAGCCCAUUAGCUAUACCAGGACCGGCCGUGUCAGUAAGGCUAAGAAAGGCCUCAAAGUUCAUGAUUGCGAGUGCGGAAAGUCUUAUACCCGUGCUGAACAUUUAAGACGACACAAGAAGAAUCACGCUUCUGAGACACUGAUUUGCGAGUACCCGGACUGUGGGAAGACUUUCUACAGAUUAGAUCUCCUACAGAGGCACCAGGAAAGACAUGGCGAGACUGGUAAAGAUUCUCAACUCGACUCUUACUUCAGCCCACAACCUUCUGCAGAGGUCGAAGAUCAGACAACAGCUGUUCCCCAGCCGCCAACUAUCAUAACUGCUCUUACUCCUCACCAUGAAUAUUUUUCACCAGUGGUCGCUUCUCCCAUCCCGGAGACGACGCCAGACCCAAGGUAUACCCCAGAUACUUUUCGUACUCCCAAUCUUCCUUCGUCAAGUUUCAAUUCUCGUCCAUUUCCUCGUUCUUCUCCGAAUUUCAACUUUUCUUUCAAUGUGAACAAGGCUGCUCGCUUUUCGCCCCAUCUACAUGGCCAACCAAUGCCUAUCCAAGUCGAGGGACUGCAGGGCAAUCCAUUUCAUGAUCCCUUCAGCGUAUCGCCUUCGAGUGGCCAUGCCUCGCCCUAUCCCAAUGCCGAUUAUCCCUACUUUUCCAGCAGCCAAGCCUCUUUCAACGAUACGCGCUGGGUCAUUCCUUCGCGAUCGCCUAUAUCGGCAACCUCGACGGGAACCUAUACAUGGGGAUCCGAAGCCAGGCCAGUCACCCACAUACCCUACGUCAAUCCUGGAUACCCUAUGCCCGGCAUGACCAUUCCACCUGCUUUGCAUAGCAUGUCUGGAUACGGCCCUUCUUAUGGUCCCAAGUUGAUGGCACAGAGAGAUGAAGAGGAACAGUCAUACCUGUUCCCUGACCAGUCAUUCGGUAUGGAACAAUUCGCAGACUCCUCUCCGUUUGGACAAUAUCUUGACACUUAUUGGAGACUCUUUCACCCAUCUUUUCCCGUCGUUCAUCGAGCUUCAUUCGAGCGCAUGAUGGCCCAGUCGCCAAUGUUACGAGCUGCGAUGAUCGCGAUCGGCAUGCAGUACUCGAACGACCCCAGCGCCAAGCGCAAGUCACGGAUCCUUCACGACCGAUGCUUGAAAUUGCUCAGACAAAGAGAUCAAGAAACGAUGUGUGAGGAAGAGCGGCUGUGCGAUUUGCAGUCACUUUUCUUGGUUGAAUUGCUCUCACAAUAUCGUGCGAGGCGCGCAGCUAAAAAACUGUCAUCUCGAUUCGAGAGCCUUUACUUCAAGGUACUCGCAAAUUUCCGAGCAUCCACCACUAACAUGAUGAAUGAAUUACCUAUGUUAGCACAGCCUGCGCAUGCCACCAAUGAGCGGUGGAUGCAAUGGAUUGGACUUGCUAGCCAACAGCGCCUAUUGCAAUGCUGUUUUGUGUUGGAGUACCAGCAAGCAUCUCUCCUUGCACGGAGCUCUCCAUCGCCGACGGAUUCAAUUUCAGGCAUGGAUCUACCUUUCCCAGUUCACUCAGCCAUGUGGGAUGCGGCCGACUUUCCAGAGUGGGCAAUUGCUUGCCAACAAUACCCUUACAUGCCAGCUCUUGUUCAAGACGUCAACUCGGACUUUGGGGCAUCGCUCUUUGACCCAUUCCAAUCGUCUGUUCUCAUUGCUGUUCAUUACAACCAGGCCAAUAACAGCGUCUCUUACAUCACUCCACCGCCGGAUUCCAUCGACCACUUGCUAGACCCAUCGAUCCUUACCCAACACCGCCUUUUCACAGCGAAGCUAGUGCAACUCACACCUGUCCGUUCUUUGUUGGCCGUUGCAGGAGAGUCCUGGAUCUUGUCCGAGAAGAUUCCUACUCCUCAUGCCUUCAAUAACCACAAGGCAAGCGUACGAAGCUGGGCGGAGGGGUUGUGGGUUCCUGCCGAGCCUCAAAUAUUUCCAGCAAAGGAAGCGCUCAAGCUUGCAAUUGACAUUCUGCAACAAGCAACGGCCACACCUUCUGAUCAGCUCCGGCUCGAACUCGGUGCCGAUAUGGGACUUUAUUUCGCCACAUUAGUCGUUUGGUCAAUCACAGCUAUAGCGCACAGUCGAAUGGUCGGCCCUCAGCCGUCGCGGAGCCAUCCAAUGCCGCAUCAAACACCCUCUCCUCUUCCCUACGAUGGAUUUAGCGGUGGGCUCAUGCCAGCAACCCCGACCCAUCUCUCGGCCACGAGCUCUAGGACAUCACAAUCACCAAACCCCAUGCAUCCAUCAACAACUGGACUAAUUCCGACCUCACACUCGUCUCCCAUUGUUCCCACUUCGCACGGGAUGAUGUUUUCCGAGAUCAAUGCCACCACCGAGGAAUUCCUCAGCAACGCAAAAGUCGAACUCGAGUAUCUCGGCUUGGUUCCCAUCUGGCCUCGCGAUGUCAUGCAAUGGCAGCAUGGAUGCUCAGCGUUGCUACGCUGGGUAAAAAUGCGCCUACGGAGUGGUGCCUUCGACGCCCGGGACAGCGUCGUGGGCGCCGGUCCAACCAGUGCCAGCACUGGACACGGUGGUGACGGUCAAGGUGAAUUGUUAGACGGCGUCAUCAACGUCCUGGAUAAGAUGAUCAGCCACGGAUGGGAGGGCUGGGGCAUCUAG